AUGGCUGCAAUGGUACAUUCCAAAAAUGUGGGACACGAUUCAUUGGUACUACAAUGCGAUAGUAUGGCACCGGUGCCAGUGGAAUUUCGGGAAUUUUUAUACCGAGUAUACGGUAUAGAACCACAUGUCAUGGCAUAUUUCAAUCAGCAAGAACCGAAUAGGAUUUAUGUAGUCGCUCAAGGAAAAUUAAAUUGCGUCGAUAUAUCCGCGAUUAAUCAAAAAUCUUCAAAAACUAUUGAAAGACGUGAGUUUGCCUUACCUGGAGACAAUAGAUCAGGAAUAUGUCCAAGAAAAUUUACUUGGCAAAUGUUAACAGAUGUGGAACGUGAAGAGUUAAAAAAAGAACGUCGCAAGAAAAGUGCAUACAAAACUUCGUUGUGUAGAACAUUUCGAAAAACUGGGAAAUGUGAAAAUGGCGAAGCAUGCGUUUUUGCACAUGGUGAAGAAGAACUUCGUAUUCCACCUAAGGCUCAUCCGAAGUAUAAAACUCAGUUGUGUAACAACUUUAUUAAAUGGAAAUAUUGUCCAUAUGGUGCUCGUUGCCAGUUUAUCCAUGGAUAUUUCGAUGAAAGCGUAGAUUUGGUUAAUCAUUCGAUGUCACAGCAUGCUGUUGAAAGUGUCAUUUCUAGUCAUCAGAAACUUGAGAAUGUGGAUAUGUGUUUCGGAAAUACAAUUAACAACCAAAGUACUGAAAAUAUUGUCUGCGACGGUCAGUCGCUUAGCAAUGCUGGUCCGAUUGCGAGUAGCAGUAUUUUGGGUCGGCUCAAUUCGGUUGAUAAUGACAGUGUUCUGGAGUGGCUUAGUGAGCGACUGAAUAAUGUGUUAGUCUAA